AGCGGCCGGGCGGCUCGACUCGGCCUUCCGGACUAAGUUGACCGCCGUGUUGUGUCCGCCUCUCACUUUUCCGCCUCAGCCCGCGGCAUGGCGGAGGAGCUGCUCUCCUUCCGGGCCUUCCAGAGCAGCUGCCCCGCCGGCUAUGGCUACGGAGGCGAGCUGCGCGGCCUCCGAGAGCGCGAGUUCCCACGGCUCCGAGGGAUGACUUACCUUGACCACGCAGGUUCCACGCUUUUCCCUGAAAGUCUACUUACAGCUUUUACAGAUGACCUCAGAAACAAUGUUUAUAGCAACCCUCAUAGUCAGAAUAUCAGCAGCAAACUGACAUACGACACAAUCGAGCAUGUCCGAUACAGAAUAUUACAACAUUUUCACACUACCUCUGAAGAUUAUACUGUCAUUUUCACAUCUGGAUGCACGGCUGCACUUAAACUGGUAGCAGAAGUAUUCCCGUGGGUACCUGAAGGCACAGAGCAACCGAGUAGUCGAUUCUGUUACCUCACUGAUAGCCACACAUCUGUGGUGGGUAUGAGGGGCAUAACUGCCUCAAUGAAUGUAUUAUCUGUUCCAGUAAAACCAAAGGGUAAGAUGUUAUGGAAGAAAGACUGGUUACCAGCUGAAGAACAGAACUGCACAACACCUCAUCUUUUCUCUUAUCCAGCUCAGAGCAAUUUUUCUGGUACCAAAUAUCCCCUUUCAUGGAUACAAGACAUAAAGUCUGGAAAAUUCUGCCCUGUCAAAGUACCAGGGAAGUGGUUUGUUCUAUUAGAUGCAGCCUCAUACGUGAGCAGCUCUCCAUUAGACUUGGGAGUUCACCAAGCUGACUUUAUCCCCAUCUCAUUCUAUAAAAUCUUUGGAUUCCCUACUGGCUUAGGAGCAUUACUGGUAAACAACCGGAUUGCCCCCCUCUUGAGGAAAACCUAUUUUGGAGGUGGAACUGCCGCUGCCUACCUUGCAGGAGAAGACUUUUACUUCCCAAAGAAGUCUAUAGCAGAAAGGUUUGAAGACGGCACAGUCUCUUUUCUUGAUAUCAUUGCUUUGAAACAUGGAUUUGAUGUUCUGGAAAAACUCACAGGUGGAAUGGAGAAAAUAAAACAGCAUACGUUUGCGUUAGCUCACUACACCUAUACUGUGCUGUCUACCCUAAAAUAUGCCAACGGGGCACCUGUAGUACGUCUUUACAAUGACACAGAUUUCAGCAAUCCAGAUGUCCAAGGUCCAAUCAUUAAUUUCAAUGUGCUCGAUGAAAGUGGAGAAGUGAUCGGCUUUUCACAGGUGGAAAAGAUGGCCAGCCUCUGCAACAUACAUGUCCGCACAGGUUGCUUCUGUAACACAGGAGCCUGCCAGAUGCAUUUGGGUAUAAGCGAUGAGGACAUCCAAAAGAACCUGCAGGCUGGCCAUGUCUGUGGAGAUGAUAUUGACUUAAUUGAUGGACGUCCCACUGGUUCUGUGAGAAUAUCCUUUGGUUACAUGUCUUCUUUUGAAGAUGCACAGGCAUUUUUGAAAUUCAUCAUAGCCACAAGGUUCUCUAAGUCAGACACUGAGAUUCCCUUUCAAUCCUCUGCUACGCAGCUGACAACAGAACCUGCCCCAGAUGACCACUCUUACUUUAACAGCGUCAAUAAAUUGUCUCCAAGAACGCAUAUUGCAGAUAGAGAACAUAGGAAUCAUCCAUCUGGAACAGAGAGGACUGUCGGUUGGCAGUCACCGGAGUCUCAGUCGGAAAGCAUAAGGGAAGCUCUUUCUGAGGUUGCUGUGCCAAAGAUUAAAAGGGGUGGCGAGCCCAUUACUGUCAUCAGUAUUUACCUGUAUCCAAUCAAAUCUUGCUCUGCAUUUGAGGUUACAGAAUGGCCGGUAGGAAAUCAAGGUUUGCUGUAUGACCGUAAUUGGAUGGUUGUAAAUCAGAAUGGAGUGUGCAUAACUCAGAAGCAGGAGCCAAAGUUGUGUCUUAUAAAUCCGUCAAUUAAUCUGAAGCAAAAGAUUAUGGUCAUUCAGGCAGAAGGCAUGGAUCCAAUAUCUGUAUCACUAGAAGAAAAUAUUGGAAAAGAGGCUGUGAUCUGUGAGAGUAAAGUCUGUUCACACAGGGUGAAAACAUAUGACUGUGGAGAAAGAACUGCUGCCUGGUUCUCUACAUUUCUUGGUCGUCCGUGUCGCUUGAUAAGACAAAGUCCAGACGGGAAAAAUGAUGCGCAACACAAAAAUACAAGAGGUCUGACAUGUGCUACAAGCAUCUCGCUCUCUCUUGUGAAUGAAGCUCAAUACCUCCUGAUAAAUGCAGCCAGCAUUCUGCAGCUGAAAGAACAUGUUGCUCCAAGAUUGAAAGAGCCAUUGGAAAUAGAGGAAUUAAUCCGACGUUUCCGUGCCAACAUUGUCAUCAGUGCACCAGAAUCCUUUGAAGAAGAAGAGUGGGCUGAGAUCUCAAUAGGUUCUCUGCGAUUCCAGGUUGUGGGUCCAUGUACCAGAUGUCAAGUAAUCUGCAUUGAUCAACAGUCUGGGGAACGAAACAAAGAAUUUCUGCAGUCUCUGUCUGCUGCCAGGGGUAAAAAGACAAACUUUGGCAUAUACCUGAUGAACCAGCCCUUGCGCUCAUCCCUUCCAGGUAUUUUAUCAGUUGGAUCUGAAGUACUUCCAAUAUUGAAGGAGAAUACAGAAAUUCAACACCCGACAUUCAGUGAAGAAAAAUGUUCAGGAUAGAUUUCCUGGCGGAGAAGAGGUGCAACUUAAAAAACAAGUCACUAGGCAGUAAUUUGAAAAGAAAGAAAAAUUGCACAUUUGCUUCUGUUUUCAGUCUUAAUUUCUGCUUGCAGCAAACAUUAUCAGAUGGCGGUACUCUUGAUAAUUACACCUCACCUACAUGUUUUUGCUUGCGAUUAGGUUACAGCAGCCAUAACUUUGUUUUGCUCAAUUGCUUCAGGAUACAACAGGCUUGAUCAAGUCUUAAUAGUGGAUGACUCCCAAAACAAGUCCAACAGUGUUGUCAGAAACCCACAUCUCAAUGAAGGAAAGUAAACACAAAAAUACCCUACUACUUCCUUAUGCUGCUUUGUUAAAACCACAUUUGGGAGAGAGGACACAGGCUGUGUUUUGUGAACGGUGUGGGUGGGGGGAUAGCAGAAGAACAGUGAGACAGCAGCAGUCCUUUCAGCUUUUCACAAUGAUGUAUAUACAGUCUGAGACCACCUGAUAAAAGGUGUCUUGGAAUGCCUUAAUGAAGCAAUUUCAUCCACUUGAUCUGAACAUCUUUUUCUCAUUCCCAUUUGACACUUUUACACCUGAUCCAUUUUAGAUGAUGACUUUCCACACACUUGCUUCCUUAUGUAUUUGUAGAUGUUGGCACCUUUUUUUUAAUUACAAAUUUCUCAACUCAUGCGGGCAUUUCUCUACAAACUUUGUUUAUGAUCAGCAAUCUCAAAUAGCCAAAAUGUUGGAAUAUCAACUUGAGGGAACUCAUGGAAGUCAAAACGCCAUUCCAUCCUGAAUAGAUCUGCCCCUUUUGCCCUGCCCCUAGAGGUGUUCAAGGCCAGAUUCGAUGGGGCCCUGGGCAACCUGAUCUAGUAUUAAAUGGGGAGGUUGUUGGCCCUGCACGUGGCAGGGGGGUUGGAGAUUCAUGAUCCUACGUUGGCCAUUCUGUGAUUCUGUGGUUCAGUCAAAGUAUUCUUUAUGCUUACUCCUGGUGCUAGUUCCUUAGAAUUUGAUAAUAGCCUUCGUAGACGUUUUCUGAGUUCUUUACUGGGACUUCAUCUGAUACGUCAGUUGUGGAGAAAAUAAGUAAAAAAAUAAAGCCACGCAUUAAAUAAAUAAAUAAAUAGAUAAAUAAAUAAUGAAAGAAAAAGAAAACAUAGGAAGUCGGUGUAAUGCAAGAUUAAACAUACUGAGGCCGGGUGUUUUAUGACCCCCAGCACGUGUCCAACCAGACACAUGGCAGUGUCAUGCUUUCAGGAAGUCCUCCUAGAAAAGGAAAUUCUCCCAGAUUGGCCACUUUAUUGCCAAUUGGGAAGGGAAAUUUGGGCUCCAUUAAAAGCACUGUCUGGACUUUCAUCCAGAAUGAUUUAGGUGUUCCUUGAGGCGGUUUUGGCUCCAACUGUGUGAAAGUGCUUCUGGCUGAGGCAAUCCUUGAGUUGUACGGGUGCAGCCCUAGAGGGGAGAAGGCGUCUUUGUGAUGGAUUUGGUCAAACAAUCGUUCUGAAAAGGGAGCGAUCAUCUCAGAGCACCAUACAGUGAGAAAAGGGAAGUGCAUUGCUCAGUGCGUGAAUCAGAAUUCUGAAAGUAGGCAGCCUUUUUUCUUUUAUUUCUCACUUUUUUUUCAGUUCUUUUGAAGAACAGGUUUUACUCACUUCAGCUGGAACAGACUGUUAUUAGUUUCCCGGCAGAGCUUUGUAAUGGAAAUGAGACGCUAUCUGUUUCUUACAACCCGCCAUAAAAUACAUGGAAAAGAGAAGUGUUUUAUAUGUAUGUAAACUGAGGAUCAGUUUUGAGAGUUGUGCCUUUUGCUUCAGAGCCCAAGCCAUGCUCCUUGAUGUCUGCUUUGAAAACCAGGGGUUUUAUCUGUCUAAUAGUCAAUUAUCUGAUGUUGUAACGAGUUGGCUUUUUGGAACCUUGAAAAGCAGUUUCCUGGUAUCUGAAUCUCUUAACUGUUUCACACUUUGCCCUUCUGUUAUGCAGAACUUUGUUUUGUUGGAUAGAAAUCCAGUGUGACUCUGGCAAAUUUAAUACCAGGAGACCUGCUGUAUAUUGACCUUCAGGUGAUCCCUGGUGCUUUUCUCUGUCCUCUUCACCUCACCACCACCUCAUUUGUUUAGAAUGGCACAGAAGUUAGAAGAGGAAAUGGAAAGCAAACCUCAGUGAGCUCUGUUUUACUUGUCAUUGCAUUUACUACAAAAUAAGCCAGCUUGGUACACUGUGAUAUGACAAAUACUGUCUGUAAAUAGCCUUAAUGCAAAGUAUGAUAACUGAGGAUGAAAAGAUUUGAACUUUUAAAAUGUCAUGCUUGGUCCUUCUGACUUAUUAUUUACAAGCAAUUACACUUUUUCCUCUUUGUGGCCCAGUAAUAUUAGGUCAAGAAUAACUCUGACAUUUUACAGAGAAAAAAAAUCUUUCCUCUGAUGUCUGAACAUUCUCAUUAGUAUAUGUUGUGCAUUUCCCAGAAUGAACAUCUUUGUGCUGUGGUGAUGGGAAAUGUCAAAAUGCUUCUGAUUGAUGGAAGAGGCAUAAGGAAUCUUUCAUCUCAGCGAAGAAUAACAUAAUAUUUCCCUUCUGUUAAGUGGAACAUCACCACCAGUCUUUCCAUCAAUGAAGACAAAUUCUUCUCAAUGUGAAUACUUCGUGGAAAAUCUUAAAGCAGGAGGAGUCAUAUUUAAAUGGCAUGCACUGGAGGUUUUGCAGAAAAAACAUCCCUCCCCUAAUGUGAAAAAAAAAUUCAAAGAAAGGAAAAUUGUAGCGUCAUACUAACCAAAGUACUGCACAAGUGAGAAGAGCAUAAACACUUGAAAACACUGUGCAUAUUAUACAGGAAUAUUACAUGUUCUGUAAAGGAGUCACUGCUCAGUGCUGAGACUAUAUGGAAAAAAAUACAGUUUCGUAUGAAUGCAGACUCUAAAACUUGUUGCUGCAAAAUUAAAUCUUCAGACUAAUUGCAGAUACAUAUUUACUUUCUGUGGGUGAGAAAUGCACUGAAUACAGUAUUUCUAGAGUGCUAUAUGUAGAAAGUCCUCUACAUAUUUGAAGCUUGUAUUUCCUUGCAACAAAUUAUUCAGACACAUUCCAUGUUCUGUGGGACUUAACUCCUCCGAUCUCAAGGCAAGAAUGGUGAUUAUUACAAGUUCUCAUAAUAGCCAGGAGGCUGGAAUCAUAGGACAGAAAUCAGCAUUCUUAGGAGAAGCUUCUGAAUUGUGUUCAGUGAUAUGAAUGUGAUAAUUCAGGCAUAUUAUGAUUUAUACAUUUUCAAUAGCAUCCUUCAAAAUACGGCCAAAAAUUUUGGUCAGCCUUCUGUCAAAAUUGUGUACAAAUCAAAAGUGAAGAUUAUUGAUUAUCAUUCAUAAAUUAUGGAGAUUAUGCUCUGCAUUUCUUCUUCAGACUGUCUCCCAACUUUCUUGGAAAUUAGACCAAUAAAAUACUGCUAGUGCUUGGCAUGUGA